UAGCCGGCAGCAGAGGGGCGAACCGGAAGCGCCUGUAUCGUGAAGCUCAACUGAUUCGUUCCCGGCCUCUUUCCUGUGUCCAGUUUACAGCUGUAGUUUCUGCCUUUGAAGGUGCUUACCAUGGGGGAAACGGAGAAGUUUCACUAUAUCUACAGUUGUGACCUGGACAUCAACGUGCAGCUUAAGAUAGGAAGCUUGGAAGGGAAGAGAGAACAAAAGAGUUAUAAAGCCGUCCUAGAAGACCCAAUGUUGAAGUUUUCAGGGCUGUACCAAGACACGUGCUCUGAUCUAUAUGUUACUUGUCAGGUUUUUGCAGAGGGGAAGCCUCUGGCUUUGCCAGUGAGAACAUCCUAUAAGGCAUUUAGUACAAGAUGGAACUGGAAUGAAUGGCUCAAACUGCCUGUGAAAUACCCUGACCUGCCCAGGAAUGCCCAAGUGGCCUUGACGAUAUGGGAUGUGUAUGGACCAGGAAGAGCAGUGCCUGUAGGAGGAACAACUGUUUCUCUCUUUGGAAAAUAUGGCAUGUUUCGCCAAGGGAUGCAUGACUUGAAAGUCUGGCCUAAUGUAGAAGCAGAUGGAUCAGAACCCACAAAAACUCCUGGCAGAACAAGCAGUACUGUCUGUGAAGAUCAGAUGAGCCGCCUUGCCAAGCUCACCAAAGCUCAUCGACAAGGACACAUGGUAAAGGUAGAUUGGCUGGACAGACUGACGUUUAGAGAAAUAGAAAUGAUAAAUGAGAGUGAAAAACGUAGUUCUAAUUUCAUGUACUUGAUGGUUGAAUUUCGAUGCGUCAAGUGUGAUGAUAAAGAGUAUGGUAUUGUUUACUAUGAAAAGGAUGGUGACGAGUCAUCUCCAAUUUUAACAAGCUUUGAAUUAGUGAAAGUUCCAGACCCUCAGAUGUCUGUGGAGAAUUUAGUUGAGAGUAAACAUCAUAAGCUUGCCCGGAGUUUAAGAAGUGGACCUUCUGACCAUGAUCUCAAACCCAAUGCUGCCACAAGAGAUCAACUAAAUAUUAUUGUGAGUUAUCCACCAACCAAGCAACUUACAUAUGAAGAACAAGAUCUUGUUUGGAAGUUUAGAUAUUAUCUUACUAAUCAAGAAAAAGCUUUGACGAAAUUCUUGAAAUGUGUUAAUUGGGAUCUACCUCAGGAGGCCAAGCAGGCAUUGGAACUUCUAGGAAAAUGGAAGCCAAUGGAUGUUGAGGAUUCCUUGGAACUGUUAUCCUCUCAUUACACCAACCCAACAGUGAGACGUUAUGCUGUGGCCCGGUUGCGACAGGCUGAUGACGAGGAUUUGUUGAUGUAUUUAUUACAGCUGGUCCAGGCUCUCAAAUAUGAAAAUUUUGAUGACAUAAGGAAUGGGUUGGAACCGACCAAGAAGGAUAGUCAGGGUUCAGUGUCAGAGAGUGUGUCAAGUUCUGGAAUAAGUUCUGCAGAAAUAGAUAGCUCUCAAAUCAUAACCAGUCCUCUUCCUCCAGUGUCUUCUCCUCCUCCUGCGUCUAAAACAAAAGAAGUUUCAGAUGGUGAAAAUCUAGAGCAAGAUCUGUGUACGUUCUUGAUAUCAAGAGCCUGCAAGAACUCAACACUGGCUAAUUAUUUGUACUGGUAUGUAAUAGUGGAAUGUGAAGAUCAAGAUACUCAGCAGAGAGAUCCAAAGACCCAUGAGAUGUACUUGAAUGUGAUGAGAAGAUUCAGCCAAGCAUUGUUGAAGGGUGAUAAAUCUGUCAGAGUUAUGCGUUCUUUGCUGGCUGCACAGCAGACGUUUGUAGACCGGUUGGUGCAUCUGAUGAAAGCAGUCCAGCGUGAAAGUGGAAAUCGGAAGAAAAAGAAUGAGAGACUACAGGCAUUACUUGGAGAUAAUGAAAAGAUGAAUUUAUCAGAUGUGGAACUUAUCCCACUGCCUUUAGAGCCCCAGGUGAAAAUUAGAGGAAUAAUCCCAGAAACAGCUACGCUGUUUAAAAGUGCUCUUAUGCCUGCACAGUUGUUCUUUAAGACAGAAGAUGGAGGCAAAUAUCCAGUUAUAUUUAAACAUGGGGAUGAUUUACGCCAAGAUCAACUCAUUCUUCAAAUCAUUUCACUUAUGGACAAGCUGUUACGGAAAGAAAAUCUGGAUUUGAAAUUGACCCCUUACAAAGUGUUGGCCACUAGUACAAAACACGGCUUCAUGCAGUUUAUCCAGUCAGUUCCUGUGGCUGAAGUUCUUGAUAAGGAAGGAAGCAUUCAGAACUUUUUUAGGAAAUACGCACCAAGUGAAAAUGGGCCCAAUGGAAUAAGUGCUGAAGUUAUGGACACUUAUGUGAAAAGCUGUGCUGGGUAUUGUGUGAUCACAUAUAUACUUGGAGUUGGAGACAGGCACCUGGAUAAUCUUUUGCUAACAAAAACAGGCAAACUCUUCCACAUAGACUUUGGCUAUAUUUUGGGUCGGGAUCCAAAGCCUCUUCCUCCUCCAAUGAAGCUGAACAAAGAAAUGGUAGAAGGAAUGGGGGGCACCCAGAGUGAGCAGUACCAAGAGUUCCGUAAGCAGUGUUACACGGCCUUUCUCCACCUUCGAAGAUAUUCAAAUCUGAUUUUGAACUUGUUUUCCUUGAUGGUUGAUGCGAACAUUCCAGAUAUUGCUCUUGAACCAGAUAAAACUGUAAAAAAGGUUCAGGAUAAAUUUCGGCUGGACUUGUCGGAUGAAGAGGCAGUGCAUUACAUGCAGAGUCUGAUUGAUGAAAGCGUCAAUGCUCUGUUUGCUGCAGUGGUAGAACAGAUUCACAAGUUUGCCCAGUACUGGAGAAAAUGAACCUGGGUUUGGAUCAAGCUGUUUGGAUGAGUAAGAAAACAUUAGAAGCAACCAGUGUCUAAUGAAGACUUCAGUGUAACAAAGAAGGAAGAGAAAAUUUCCCAAAUGUUACACAGUGCCUGAAUUCCAUUUCCUCAGAUGUCAUUGCUUAAAUAUGGUCCUAGAGGAUUUGCUUUAAAAUAUGUAUAUAUUUGUUUUUUAAUGUAUACAUUGUUAAUAAGAGAAGUGAUAAGUUUAUUCCAGGAUUAUGUACAUAUUACUAGAAUUCUGGAGGAAUGUUGUGUUGAAAUAGUAAAACAUUUUAUUUCUGAGUUUAAAAUGUCAUUUUUUUCUGCACAUCUUUGUAGCAAGACAUCAGUUACAUGAAUUUGGAUUAAUUUCUCACCUCAGAAAUUAGUUUUAUUUUUUUCUUUCCCUUGCUACUUCCCUUCCCCCCACUUAUUCAUUAGUUUUUGUCUAAUUUACAUAUUUAAAGUCUUAUUUAAGUUUUUCUUAAAGUUUUACACGUUAAAUCUCAUUCUCUUACAGUUAAAGAAUUGUUUAAGACCUGCAGGGAUGGGGGUGCCGUCAUGUCAUUCUGCAUCUUGGGCCCCUGUGCCCUGUGGUCCACUCCUGUAGGCAGUGCAGGGCAGCUCUGCCAAGGCCACUGCAGUCCAUGCAGGGACCAUGAGGAGCUGCUACAAGGCAGAGGGAGCUGUGCAGCGGCCCACACACAGAGGCGGAGAGGAGGCCAGGGAGGGGUGUGGAGGCAAAAAUUAUUUAUAUUUCAGAAAGACACUCAUUUUCUCUUGUUAAUAUUGUGUAUGUGUGUGUAUGUUUUUUAAACUACAGUUCACAGCUCUCCUCAGUUAAAUAUGUAAAGUAGAAUAUGAAAAUGUAGUAAUCUGAAUAUCUGGCCAAAAGGUUUUAUGGACACAGACCUUACUACUGAGCAUAAGAUAUUUUUUACAUAGUCAUGUAAGGAAAAAUAAACUGUCUUUCUCCAAUAAAUUCUUUCUGGAUACAGAUUGAAUUUUCAGCGUUUUGGGAUACCUCACCUAGACCUACUGAUGUAACACAUCCUGCCAUAAGCAAAAUAACUUGUCUUUUAGUACUAGAAGCCUGAUGAUCAGCCUGGCUUUUUCACCUCAUGGUACAUGAUAUGAGCAGUACAGUAAUUUUUACAGAUUACUGUGUUUCAUAGCCGCAUGACUUUGUCUUAGGAAAAAAAAGAAUAUUCUUUUAGUCCUGAAUAAAUAUUAAAUUCCAAAUGGCAGGAAAGAUGGAGUUUAAAUUAUAGCAGUUUCUGAGAGUUCCAUUACUUAUAAUGUUCAUUUGUCAAAAAUUCUUAUAUCUGAGCCUAUUUAAAUAAAGUUACCAGCUUAUAAUUAAGAGAUAACCUAGAAGCAUAUGGCAUAUGAUAUGUAUAAAAUAUGCAUGCAGGUCAGAAACAUGGUAUAGAUGAAAAGACCUUUGUUAUCUUGUGAGAGUUUGUACCGAAAUGAAUCGGUGAGGUCUAUCCUCUUCCUUGCUUUUUCUUUCCUUAACAUACAUAUUGUCAUUUUUUGUGGCCCAGAAGUUUUACAUAUUCAGUUCUUUGCUCCUGUUUUCUGUUGGCACAUCCUCCAGAAGUUUUUUCUAAAUAGCCCUGUUGAAGAAUUACCUUUCUGUCUUCUGAACUCCUGAAACUACUUAUAGCUUUCUAAUUAGCAUUUAAUAAAGUUGGGUAUUUUUGUUA